AUGGAGUUCCCUGAUUUGGGGAAGCACUGUUCAGAAAAAACGUGCAAGCAGCUAGAUUUUCUUCCCUUAAAAUGUGACGCGUGUAAACAAGAUUUCUGUAAAGAUCAUUUUAACUACGCUGCACAUAAGUGUCCCCUUGCAUUCACCAAGGAUGUUCGGGUCCCAGUGUGCCCACUCUGUGACAGCCCUGUCCCAGUGAAGAAGGGGGAGAUCCCUGAUGUGGUGGUCAGUGCGCACAUGGACGGAGAAUGUCGGCGUCCACCCGGGCAGGAGACGGCGAAGGUGUUCACAUUCUGCUGCUCCAGAGAGGGCUGCAGGAGGAGGGAGAUGCUGCGGGUGGUGUGUGAGGAGUGCCGCGGCAGCUUCUGCCUCCAGCACAGACACCCUCUGGACCACGGCUGCGCCCGCGGAGGCCGCCCCGCCAGCUCAGCCGGCUGA